CGUCGGAGUGAGUGGUCGUUUUAAAUUUCUUACGUGUCAGUCGCUCCGUUAAACUUCGCAUUCAAAUAAAUAUUUUGUUUAUCAGUUCCCAGUAUCCGUAAAAAAAAACUUCAAUAAUAAUAAAUAAAAAAAAAAAAAACCCGCGAAUUUUGAAAAAAUUCGUAUUUUCAAAUGAAGUUUAAAUUGAAAAAUUUAGUGAUGUGUGUUAAAUUCAAAUAAUUAAUUAAGUUUAACUCUUCGGACUUUCGCGGGCCGAUAUCGCGCCUCGCGGAAGUUUCUGACGAAAUUUAAAAAUAAUUAUUUUUAAAAUUUGAAUUUUUAAAAUUGAAUACUUUCAAAUGAUUUAGUGUGUGACUUUGUGAUAACUAAGUUGUUAUAUAUAUAUAUAUAUUUAUAUAUAUAUAAAUAUAUAUUUAUUUUGUUUUUUUUUUUUUAUACAAGUGAGUAACGAUGACUGUAGACGGACUAUUUGAAACGACCAGCAUCCCAGGGCAUCUCGCUCCCACGCCAGAAAGAUUGGAGCGGCUUCUUUCAAAACAGACUUUAGAUGAAUUGUAUGAAGUCGAGGAACAACCUUUUGCAAGGGGUAAAUAUGCAACAGUAAGAAGAUGCAGAGAAAGAUCAAGUGGUCGUCAGUGGGCUGCUAAGUUUUUGAGAAAGAGACGACGUGCUCAAGAGCUCAGGGCGGAAGCACUUCAUGAAGUUGCUGUACUUGAUGCUGCUGCACAUUGUUCACAAUUAGUUUCACUUCAUCAAGUAUUUGAAACAAACACUGAGAUGGUUCUAGUACUUGAAUUAGCACCUGGUGGUGAAUUACAAAUGGUAUUGGACAGAGACGAAGUACCAGAAGAACGUCAAGUUGUAAGACUACUCCGUCAAAUAUUAGAAGGAAUAGCAUUUCUUCAUUCUCUGAACGUUGCACACCUCGAUAUCAAGCCACAAAAUUUGGUAUUGACUGGAGAAUUUCCAGAUUGUGAUGUUAAAUUAUGUGACUUUGGAAUUUCGAGAUACAUAAGUCAAGGUGCUGACAUACGUGAAAUUUUGGGCACGCCCGAUUAUGUUGCCCCAGAAGUUCUAAAUUAUGAACCAAUAAGUCUCGCAACAGAUAUGUGGUCCGUGGGAGUCCUUCUUUAUGUUCUACUGACAGGAUGCUCGCCAUUUGGUGGAGACACGAAGCAGGAAACGUUCUGUAACAUCAGUCGUUGCCGUCUAGACUUCCCGGAUGAUCUCUUUGAGGAUGUAUCCGAAGAAGCACGUGAUCUCAUGCGUAAACUUAUGGUUAAAGAUCCAAGCCAACGACUAACAGUAACAGAAUGUCUACAGCACCCUUGGUUCAGUUUAUCAUCAGCACCAGAGUCACCUCUAUCACCAUCACCAUCAUCAUCAUCAUCAUCACGUUCGUCAUCAAAAACUUGCCAAGAACCAAAACUUCCACCAGCAGAUCAUCCACGAACAUCAACCCCCGAGCCAUCAGCUCCAACCCCCCCUGAGUCAAAACCAAAAUCAUCAAAUCAAAAAAUUCCAUCAUCAACUGAAAAAAUAACAAAGCACGAAAAAAUGUAUCCAGAAAUGACAGCAAUUCGCAUCGGAUUGAGUCCAGAUCGUCGCGAUACCUUCAAGAAAAACAUGGAUUCGCUCGCGCAGAAAUUUUCCGGUGAGAUUGUGAUCAUCGAGUCAUCACCGUCUCUGAGCAUGAGCUCGCAGCAAAGACGCGCCAUGGGAAAUCACACAAUGCCAGCUGGCGACGUCUUCAAAUGCACUCCAGUUUUCAUUCUCGGCGAAGAGCAGCAGUGCAGUGACAGCGGAAGUGACACAGUCUCUGAAAUUUCUACUGACAGUUCAAGCGACCGGUCAAGUAUUUACUCCGACGACUCUCUGGAUUUCAUUUUAUACGGAAAGAGUCAGGGUCGCGCGAGUUUUCCCUUCGCCGGGACAGAAACCGACCGCUGGGACCGUCAUCACACCAGAGUUUGGCCCCGCGAGUGCAACGGAGUAGUCAGCAAAGCUCUCAGCAGAUUUACAACCGAGCCAUCUGGAUCAAUUUCAAAUUCCAAGGCCCGGGUCCCGCCAUCAAGUCGCGCCAAGACUGGACUCGAGGCUCUCCGCGAACGCGGGGGCAAUUUGGUCGUCAUCAGAGAGCCAGUGCGCGCUGGAAGAUACACGAGAUACAGCGAAGUCCAGUGCGAGUCUGUCCAGGCGCGCAUCCGACGUUUUCAAGUACAAGGCGGAUCUUAAAUACCAAUUCAAAUUUAUUUUAAAUAUGUCAGAUAUUUGUAAAUAAAUUAUUGAUUAAUUAGUAAUUAAUUAAGGGAGCCUUUGUAAAUAAUUAUUGAAUGAGUUUUGAAUUCCUGCUGGACGAGAAAUUUUUUUUUUUUUUGUAAAUAUUUGUCUCGGAAAUUAGGCAUUGUGAUGAGUGAAUGCAUUAGAGAGAAAGACUAUUAUUAUUAUUAUUGAUAAAAGUUAUUGGAUAAUGAGUAAUUAGUUAAUGAACGAGAGAGUGAUAAUGGACAAUGUCCUCUGCCUAUAUUUAUAGACUGACUGACCGUCCCUCGCAUCAUUUAUCAAUUAGAAAUAAUUAUACAGUUCAAUUAUUUGAUAAGAAAAUGUUCUUUUGAUUUUUUUUUUUUUUUUUUUUUUUUUUU